AAUCUUACCUGCAGACAGUAGAAGUGUGGAGACAAACAGACACACAGUCUCUCAUACACACACACACACACACACACACACACACACACACCAUGGAUAGUUCUGCAAUGUUGCCGAGUGGAAUGGCGAUCUGCUGUUCUCUGCCUGAUAUCUUAUUCCUACCUGAACUGGUGUCUGGAGGCUUGGUGUGGAUUUUAGUGGCAUGUACAUACAUCGUACCCAAUAACCCUCUGGCGUAUGUCAUGGCCGUGUCGCUCUUCUGCUUCUGCAUCACCUUCAUCUGGAUGAUGAUGUUCCUGUGUGGAGCUCAUCACAGCCGCCAGUCCUGGGCUGCUUCUGAUGUGCUGUAUCAUGGCAUUGCUUCGGUUCUGUAUCUCAGUGCUUCAGUCAUGUUGGCUUAUACCACCAUCAGCACUGGGAACACAUAUCAAAAUCAAACAACUGAUGCCCUACUGAAAACCUACAGACUGGAGAUUUCAGCCGUGGUGUUCUCCUUCAUCGCCACACUGCUGUACGUCAUUCACACCCUCUUCUCUGCUAUCCGCUGGAAGAACUUCUAAACUAAAAUGUUUAAAUAAGUGUGUGUGUGUGUGUGUGUGUGUGUGUUACAGCUGAUAAAAUGUUAGUGACUGUAAUAAUGGUUACAGCUGAGAAUAAAAGGUUAAUAAAG